AUGGGGACAGAGUCAGCUCUCGCUGAUGCAAUUGGGCAGAAGGAUGUUGACCUGUGCAAAGCCCUUCUUGCCCACCAUCGCACAGAAAAGGCGUUUCGCGCCCUCACAGCCAAGCUUGCGCCGCUAGUGACUGCGCUGCUCCAGGGGUGGCAGCAGCACUUUGAUGCCGCCGUCGCCGCCACACCGCCAGACUUUGCCUCGCACGUCAUGGCACUGCGGUUCUACACGCGCAAGCUGGUGUUUGGAUCGCGCGCGUGUCCAGGGUGCUUGGAGGACAGCAUACCCGCCAUAACCGAGACCAUCGUCACUGUUCUGGGACGUUUCCCGCCAAAUCGGGAGCUGAACCGCCAAGAAGACGAUGUCAAAGCACUCGUCAACGUUGUGCUGCUGCCGUGCUCUUUCCUCUCGCGAACACUGAGUCACUCCAAGGCGUUUCUGCUUCGCCUCAUGGCACAAUCCGGAGUUGACGGGAGGUCGGAUGGCAACGCGUCCGCUGCGCUCGUGUGUCUGUGCACAGCAUUUCAUCGCGCAGUAAAGACGGAGCAAUCGUGGCUGCUUGACGACGAGGCGCUCGUCUCAACGGUCAUCACCACCAUCCUGUCCUGUGCUGGCAACUGUUACGCGGCAAUGCAACGACUCAUCUACAAGGCCGGGCAGGAGCCCACGCUCACGCCUCUGUACUCCCUCGUGAGCAAUGCCCUGGUCUCUGCCGUGCUCGGCUGCAGUGUGAGGCACUUUGCUGCCAUCGAACGCGCCAUGUUUGGCCACUUGACGGAUGCACGAUUCUUCACGCGACUGCUGGUGCACGACAUGUGGCUGUCCCUUUGCCCGGCGUUCUCCCUGCAUGUGAUGGAGAACCACAUCCAGUUGCUGGUUCACAUGGCAGAUGAACAGCGACAGCGCGAGUUGGAGGACCAGGCUUUGAGCAAACCAGGAAAGGGCAAGAAAGGCGCACACUUUGCCCUGGUUCCCUUCACCAACCGCCUCAUCUAUCGCUAUGUCAGCUCCAUUGGCGGGGACGCUUUGGCCCUGUGCAGCCGCUUUGAGGCGAGCAGCGUUCGCUCGAGUGCCUGGCGCCUUGUGUCCUUUGCCCCCUUUGCUGCGUCGUGCAAAGCAGAUGCCAUCCUCGCGUCGGCCCUUCCGUCCCCUGUUCCACCCGCAGACGAUGUCGUGGCGUUGGCAGACUGCGCGCUCGUCAUCGCCAACUUUGUGCCGUGGCUGGCGGCCAGCGGGCUGAUUGAAGCGCAUAUCAUGGCCCUGGACCAGGCUGCAAAGGCCCACCCGGCCAACCUGAGCCUCCAGGUUGCGGUGGCGCAGCUCCUCUCUGCCAUGGUUAGCUCGCCCACAUUUCAGAAUAGCCCGUUUGUGACGUCCUUGUUUGAGCACGUCAUUCAAGCGAGUGCCACGCUUGCGGGCAGUGGCAUGCUCAUGGCAGCGUGCCACUCCCUCUUGGUUGCUUUUGGGCAUAUCACCCUCGAUGACAACGCAGUUGCUCAGUUGACCACGUUUGUGGGCAACCUUGCUUCAGCCGCAACCCCGGAGUCGCUUGUGGAGUUUUCUUUGUUUGUGCACCUGCGGGCAUUCGCGAAGGCCACGCCAAAUCCGCAGGUGCUGCCGACAAUAUUGGGUGGGGAAUCGUCGCCCGCGUUCGCCAAGUUCACGGCGAUUCUGAAGCAGCAGCCGCUCGUCAGCACCACUCGGCUGUUGCCGGCAGACACAGAGACGGCCCUCUCCUGGAUUGCCUCAAAACAGCAGCGCCUACACCGUCGUAGUGCAUGUCGACAAGGCGGCUCUCACGAGACCCCGAAAGCUAUUCUGGACUCGUUGCAGCUGGCGCUUCAAUCUGACCCACCUGCGUGGUUUGUGGCUGAACUCAGAACAAUGGCGCUUCGCCUUCCUCCCAACCCACGAUGACGAUGCUGAUGACGAUGAUGAUGAUGAUGAUGAUGAUGGU